AUGGCCGCUCGGAAGCUCCAGCAGGAAGUCGACAAGUGCUUCAAAAAGGUCGACGAAGGCGUGGAGGAGUUUACAUCGAUCUACGCAAAGCUGCACGAGUCCACAAACCCCGCCCAGAAGGAGAAAUUGGAAGACAACCUAAAACGAGAGAUCAAGAAGCUGCAAAGGCUUCGCGAUCAAAUCAAGACAUGGGCGGCUAGCAAUGAUGUCAAGGAUAAGGGGCCGUUGAUGGACAAGCGGAAAUUGAUUGAGACUCAAAUGGAGAAGUUCAAGGCUGUGGAGAAAGCUAUGAAGACGAAAGCAUACUCGAAAGAAGGUCUAUCGGCAACAACAAAACUCGAUCCCAAAGAGCGUGCAAAGAUAGAAUGCUGCGAAUUCUUAAGAACCCAAGUCGACGAGCUAGAAACCCAAAUAGAGACACUCGAGGCUGAGGGCGAAGGGAUACAGGCCACCAUGAAGAAAGGCAAAAACCAAUCGUCAAAAGCAGAUCGAAUGGCCGAGAUCGAGCGCAUUACCGAACGACAUAAAUGGCAUCAAGGGAAACUCGAGCUGAUCAAACGUUCGUUGGAAAAUGGCGGGGUGGAAACAGAACAGAUCAAUUCCAUCAAGGACGACAUUAAGUUCUACGUCUCUGAUGGCAUGCAAGUGGAUUUUAUGGAGGACGAAGAGCUCUAUGACGAGCUCAAUCUUCAAGAAGAGGAGGACGCCUACGGUAUGAAUAAUGAUGACCGAGUAUCUUCCCAAGAUACACAAUCAGUACAAGAAGAAACACCCGAUCCAGAUGUUCGAUCGAAUAGUCUGUCAAAUGGAAAAUCAAAAACCGUGGCCACCGCUGAAGGUGCCACCUCUGCACGACGACCGUCCACCCAAUUGAAGAGCCCUCAACCAACUAUGGCAACCUUACAUACGCCAUUAAAUAGUAUUACCAACGCUGCAGUGAGCCAGAUGAAGCCUGCCCCAGUACCGACAAGAGCACCUGGGGAAACUCUUAAGUCCUUCUCUGCUGCAGCGGCGGCGGCGGCGAGUGAUAAAAAUACUCACGGAAUUGCUCCUUUACCCCCGCCUCCGGAAAGUGUCCCCCCUCCAAAUACGUCAAUAAGUCACCCCCCAUUACCUGCAUAUACUGGGCGAAAAGCAAGCUCUACUGCUUCGCCAAUUGCUGUCCAUGCUCAACCUGUCGCUACUCCUCAGACAUCUGCAUCAAGCCGGCCGUACCAAGUUCUGCCAGUGUCUCCGAAACUCCUGUCACUAGCCAGACAAAAUCUCCAACAUUGGGUCAAUCGAUCCAAGAGCACCGAGAUUGCCGAUUCUACCAGGGCGGGUCCCUCGCGAGUUGCGUCUAGUAGAAUUUCAUCUGCAGCAGAUGUAGGGGAAGGCCCGAGAGCUGGCCCGUCACAAUCAAACGGUAUUACAAAUGGCAACAAUGAUAGUGUUGCUCAGGAACACGAUGAAUCCAUAUAUCACCUACCCUCUGGGCUCCAGGAUCUCAUGCAAUCUCUCGAGUCCACAGAGAAGCGCGUCACAUCGCCGAACUCGCCUGCAACUCAAAGGAUGUUUGCAUCGUCACUAGCCAACAUCCCAGAUAUGGGUGACGUUGGCGCACCUAAGAACUACAAGCAGGACGAUCGGAUCACUACGCCUUCGUACUACCCUCAAGAAUUGGAUCCGGUCUUCGAUGAUCCUCGACUGUAUUCCCGCAUAGAUCCAGAUACGCUUUUCUACGUCUUUUACUAUAAACAAGGGACUUAUCAACAGUACCUGGCAGCCAAGGCACUCAAGGAUCAAAGUUGGAGAUUCCAUAAGCAAUAUCAAACCUGGUUCCAGAGGCAUGAGGAGCCGAAAACAAUCACGGAGGAGUUCGAGCAAGGAACAUAUCGUUUCUUUGAUUACGAGAGCACAUGGAUGAACCGAAGAAAGGCGGAUUUCAAGUUCGCAUACAAAUUCUUGGAGGACGAUGUAUAA